ACCAUUGCUACGUGAGCUUGCAGAUCUCUUGAAUAUUUAUGGAAACAAUUAGUUAUUUUAGUUAAUUAAUUCUCUCACUUGCUUAUGCCUCAUUUCUUAGAACUCAAACUCACAAACCUUUUGCACAAAUGCAGCUUCAAACAACUAAAACAAAUUCAUGCCUUCAUUGUCACAACCUCCCUAGACGGAAACAUCCAAAUUCUGUCAAAAUUUCUCCGAAGGAGCACAGAAUUCGGGGAGAUGGAGUAUCCUAAUCUCAUCUUCUCUCAAAUGGGUGGCAUUUUCUGCUCAGAUAUCACCCUUUGGAAUGCUAUGAUCAGAGGCUAUGCUUACAAUGGCCCAUUCCAAAACUGCAUAUCAAUGUAUGAUGAAAUGCCUCAAAGAGGACUCAAACCCAACAAUUUUACAUACCCAUAUGUCCUAAACUCGUGCUCCGAGCUGGGAUGGUAUAUAAAAGGGAUCAAAGUUCACUGUCAGGUUUUUAAAACUGGUUUUGACAAUGUUUUCUCGGUUGGCAAUUCGCUUUUUAAUAUGUAUGUAAGGAUGGCUGAUUCAUUUGAGGUGGGUGUGUUGAAAAGGGGAAAAUUUGACGAUGCUCGGAAGGUUUUUGAUGAUAUGUGUUUUAAGCCUGUGGAGUUGUGGAACCGGAUGAUCUCUGAGUAUGUGGGCAUUGGUGAUGUUGACUGUUCUAGACAGCUGUUCGAUGAUAUGUCUGAAAGAGAUGUUGUUUCUUGGAAUUCGAUGAUUUCGGGUUAUGUUAGAGUUGGGGAUGUUAGAAAUGCAAGAGAUUUGUUUGAGAGAAUGCCAGAGAAGAAUGUCAUUUCUUGGACUUCAAUGAUUGGAGCAUAUUCUGGUUGUGGUGACCUUGAAACAGCAAGAGCAUUUUUUGAGAAAAUGCCAUACAGGAAUCUGGUUUCUUGGAAUUCUAUGAUUUCGAGUUACACCCGGAACAGGAAAUUUGAAGAAGCGCUGGAUCUCUUUGUCCAAAUGCAGUUGGAAAGAGUGGAUCCAGACGGGUUCACUUUCGUUUCGGCUCUGUCAGCUUGUUCCCAUUUAGGAGCUUUGGAGUUUGGGAGAUGGGUACACUGCCUAAUAAAAGAUUGGCCUAAGUUGGCAGUUAUUGUAGGGACUGCACUUAUAGAAAUGUAUGCUAAAUGUGGUGAUGCUAAUAAAGCUUUUACAAUUUUUAUAAAAAUUGGGAAUAAAGAUGUGUUUUGUUUUAACGUUAUGAUCAGGUCACUGGCAAUCCAUGGGAGGAUAGAAGAUGCCAUCAAAAUUUUCUUUUUGAUGCAGAAGAGAGGAUUGAAACCAAAUGAUUUCACACUCACAAGUGCUUUGUUUGCCUGUAGUCAUGGAGGUUUGCUGGAAGAAGGUCGUAAGAUCUUUUAUAAUAUGGAGAAACAUUUCGGGAUUAGUCCAAAGCUGGAACAUUUUGGCUGUAUGAUAGAUUUACUCAGCCGAAAUUGUCAGCUUGAGGAAGCACAGGCUUUGGUGAAAGAGAUGCCGUUUGAGCCUGAUAUAGCUAUUUGGGGAGCUUUGCUUGGUGGUUGUAGGGUAAGCAGUGACCUAAAGUUGGCAAAGCGUGUGAUAGAGAUCGCUGGUAAGUUGAACACAGAUGAAUCGGGAGUGUAUGUGCUCUGGUCUAAUAUGUAUGCCUCAGUGGGCCAAUGGCAAGAGGCUUCGAGCGCAAGAGAGAAGAUGGAGGAGAAGAACAUAUGGAAGAGAACAGGGUGCAGUAGUGUUAUUCAUGAUAGUUGUGGCAGCGACCAAGUAGAGGGCGAGCCUUGAAGCAUCGGUAAAGUUGCUCCAUUGUGACCUGGAUGUCACGAGCCUCUGGAUGCAGGGGGCCUCAUGCAUUGGGUUUUGCCUUUAUUGCUAGAGACCAAGUACUGCUGCUAUAUAGAAGGCAUUCAGAUUACUAGAAAGAUAUCAUUGACAUUAGAGGGGAGAGAUAAUCGGAAGAUUGUCAAUGCUUGGAGACCUCAACAUGGGACUGUUUCAUGGCAUAAAAUUUGUUGGAGUGGCUGCAGGCCUAGGGAUUCUGCCACAUCUUUAUUGGCAAUUCAGAAUAAGCUGCUCUGUUGUGAGAACCUAAAUAGGAAAGGUAUUCAUCUAGCUUCUGUUUGCCAUAACUGCUGGUGUUCUACUGAUGAUCUUGACCAUAUCUUUGUCACAUGCUUGUUCGCAAACACUAUCUGGGACUGGUUUGCUGAUCUGCUGUCAUGGACAAUCCCCCACUGUGGUGGGGUAAUGGAUCUUGUAAGCUGGUUCAGUUCUCUGAACUUCAGUCACGAAUACCAGAGGCUUAUUUUCUCCUCAGUCAUAUGGCAUCUUUGGACUGAGAGAAAUGUGACAAAGCACCAAUGCAAAUCAAAGACUGCAGUAGACCUUGCUUGGCUAAUCUGGUGGGAGAUCAUUGACCUGGCUGAUGCAAAUCUUGCAGAUUUUGUUGUUGUAAUUUGUUUGGUGAUUUUUGUUGCUGUUCUUUUUUGUUUGGUGACCUGUUGAUCACUUUUUUUUCUUUAGACUUUUGGAUCUUCUUCUCCCAAGGGUAUGCCCUUGUAGUCACUUGUACAUUAUUGUUCUAUCUAUAAAUUUUUCCAUCUUACAAAAAAUAAUAAUAAUAAUAAUAAAUAAAUAAAAUAAAAGGAGAUCGUCUCCU